GCUUACAGUGACGAACUUCGUUAUGGGCAGUAAGACUACUGCGGCGCCAUCUAGCCCCCCCUCGCUCAUCAACCUGCAGCUGGGCUGGCCCUCCCCUCGACUCUUUGCAGCAAGCGCUCUCUUAGAUGGCGCAACCCAAGUCCUGACCUCGGAAUCCGAGAGUGCAGCAGCACUCAUAUACGGCCCUCACAUUGGGCAUCCUCCACUCCGGAAGAGCAUUGCAGAAUGGCUGUCUUCCAUAGACUACGAGAGAAUCUCCAUCAACAACGGCGCGUCCGGCAACCUGUCGAAUGUACUGUUGAAGUUUACAGACCCCCUAUACACACGCAAAAUCUUCAUGGUUGAGCCGACGUACUUUUUGGCCUGUCCAAUCUUUGAAGACAACGGUUUCCAGGGUAAGCUUGCGGGAGUGCCUGAGAAUGAUUCAGAAGGUGUAGACAUUGCCUUUCUGCGUCGCGAGCUAGCCGCUACCGAAGCUCAAGCCGUUGAGGAUGCUGAGAAGCUCGGCCAACCCGCCAUCCCUACUAUCAAAGUGGGAAAGACAUACUCAAAAAUCUAUAAAUAUGUCAUUUACAUCGUUCCAACCUUUUCGAAUCCCAGCGGAAAGACGCUUUGCCCCCAGACCCGCAAGGACCUUGUCGCGCUCGCCCGAGAAUACGAUGCCCUCAUCGUAUCAGACGAUGUCUAUGACUUUCUGAGCUGGCCUGAGGACUCAUCCGCUCCAGAUGACGCAGUCGGAGCUGUGCCGCCGAGGCUCGUCGACAUAGAUCGCAACAUGCCCGGCUACAGCACAUGGGGAAACACCCUCAGCAACGGAUCUUUCUCUAAGGUUAUCGGGCCCGGUGUCAGAGUGGGCUGGGCGGAUGGCACGCUGGCGUUCGCCAAAGAGUUGGCCGAGGUAGGAUCUUCUAGCUCUGGUGGCGCACCUUCGCACCUCACUUCCACCUUCGUCGACAAGAUGCUGCGAAGCAGAAGUCUGCAGACACAUAUAGAAAAGACUCUCAUACCGACAUAUCGUGAGAGGUACUACGCCCUCAUGACCUCUAUCCGCGAUCUUUUAGUACCAUUGGGUGUCACAGUGGAGGGCAAUAACCCAGGACAUACCGCGGAAACGACGGCAGGAGGCUUCUUCACAUACCUGCGACUUCCAGAAGACCUUCCGGUGGCACGAACAGUGGCAGCCAUUGCCCUAAAAGAGAAACUACUCCGCGUCGCAUUCGGACACAUGUUUGUAGUCAGUGGGGACAAUGGUAGUGUUCAGAGAGCAGAGUCGAAGGGUGGCUUUUCCAGAUGUAUCAGACUUUGCUGGGCAUGGCAUGAGGUAGCCGAGAUCAAGGAAGGUAUUGAGAGACUAGCGGCUACCAUUUUGGAUAUCAGAUUUAGGUUGGAAGCUGGCGAAGACAUGAGUGAGCAGGUCUCCAUCGGAAUUAGGUAG